AUGGGAAGUAGGCAGCUUGUCGAGGCCAGUUAUGGUUCCGGUACUGGUUCUGGAGUACCGGAGAAAUUAUUGGAUGAGGUUUAUAUCUCUCUAAAUGUUGUAGAUGAGGUUGUGUGGGAGAUUGAUAAGGAUGGAGAAUUUUUGGUGAAGUCAACGUACCAGCUACUUUUCCAUGAUCGAUGGCGGUGGUCAAGACCUAGACUAGCCGUCAUUUGGAGGUGGCCCUUACCUUUAAAGGUGCAAGGCUUUAUAUGGCUGGUUGUUCAAAAUAAGGUGCUGAAAGUUGACGAUCUUAUCAAGAGGGGGAAAAUAUUGUCGAAUAUAUGUCCAAUGUGUAAAGAGAAUUGGGAAUCUGGAGAUCAUCUUUUUCUGCAUUGUUCUUUUACCUUUUGCAUUUGGAGAAGGUUCUUUGCCUUGCUUGGGUUUGCGAUGGUGAUGCCACCAAAUGUUGAAGGUGUUUUGCAUAAUUUGACGAUUGAUUUGCCUCAGAUUGGUGCUAUCAUUUAG